GUAAGUGCACACCACUUGUUCGAUGAUAUUCUCGAGAGGAGCUGCGUCGAGAUGGAAAGGCUUUCUCGGCCAAUACUGCGUUGCCCGACAUUGCAAACCGCGUCAUAGACGGUUAUGCUCUACGCAGUUGGCCCCGCGGACGCUGGCCGAGCUACAGGAUCUGUGUGACGCAGUUUCGACCCCGAUUGGUGGCUUAGAUGACCUGGAACUGAGUCUUGAUCAGUUCAGAGGUCGUUUGACGUCGUCCCUCGUUACCCAAGCGAUCGAUCGUUGCAAGGAUGAAGCACCCACCAGGAGGUUAUUGAGAUUCUUCUCUUGGGCUAGGGAGAAUUUGGGCUCUGGUCUUGAGGAUAAGGAUUUUAACUAUGCAAUUGAGAUGUUUGCAGAGAAGAAGGACCACACGGCAAUGGAUAUACUGAUUUCGGAUCUCGGGAAAGAAGGCCGGGUGAUGGAUAAACAGACUUAUAGUGUAGUAGCGGAAAAAUUGGUCAACUUGGGGAGACAAGGCGAGGCGUUGGGUCUCUUCAAGAACUUGGAGAAAUUCAAAUGUCCCCAGGACAGUGCAACAGUGAUGGCUAUUGUCAAUGCGCUUUGUUCCAAAGGACAUGCCAAGAUGGCCGAGGGGGUAGUUGAGCAUCACAGGAGUAAAUUAAUAGGCAUCGAAGCUUGUAUCUACAGGUGUCUUCUAUACGGGUGGUCUGUGAAGGAGGAUGUGAAGCAAGCAAGGAGAAUUAUCAAGGAGAUGAAAUCUGCUGGGUUUAUGCCUGAUUUGUUUUGCUUUAACACCUUCCUCAGAUGCUUGUGUGAGCGAAACCUUAAGCGUAAUCCUUCAGGUCUCGUUCCAGAAGCUCUGAAUGUGAUGAUGGAAAUGAGAACCUAUAUGAUCAUUCCUAGUUCAAUUAGUUACAAUAUUUUGCUUUCAUGUUUGGGUAGGGCUAGGAGAGUCAAGGAAUCAUGUCAAAUUCUUGACCAAAUGAAGAAGUCGGGGUGUUCUCCAGAUUGGGUGAGUUAUUAUCUUGUUGCAAGAGUACUAUAUCUGAGCAGAAGAUUCGGCAAGGGUAACAAGAUGGUAGAUGAGAUGAUUGAGCAGGGGUUGGUGCCAGAGCAUAAGUUUUACUAUGACCUCAUUGGCAUUCUUUGCGGGGUCGAGAGAGUGAAUCAUGCUCUCGAAUUGUUCGAGCGAAUGAAGAGCAGUUCGUUGGGCGGAUAUGGGCCCGUAUAUGAUGUUCUAGUACCAAAGCUUUGUCGAGGAGGCGAUUUUUGUAAGGCCAGAGAGCUUUGGGAUGAAGCAGCAAGUAAGGGCAUCACUUUAAGCUGCUCCGAGGAUGUGUUGAACCCUCAUAUCACUGAAGUUUUUAAACCAGUGACGAAGGUGGAGGAUGUUAAGCCUUUGAUAUGCAUGAUUGAAGAGCCCCCAUUGCAAAAUAGUAGGGCCAGAGGAAAGAAAAAAAAGAAGAAGAAGAAAAAAGGCUACAACAAGGGCAUGAAAUAGGACCAAUUCAGCAUAGUGUCAGUUCAUCAUCCUCUCCAUAACGUAGCUCGCAUAACCGAUAGAAAAAUGUUUGUUUUGGUCCUGCAAAGUAUUAAGGGCUCCGGGGCUUGCUGAAUCGAGUUGCAAAGCAUUUGUGGAAACAGCAAAAUAUUCCUUAUCCUUAUGAAACGACAAUUCAUGCAUCAUCCAGGCGAGAAUCGGAUUUUUAGGUUUCCCCUGGAAACCCCGAAUAAAUACUCGACUUGAGUCCGAUUCACCCAAAGAAAGAGUUGAGCUUUAGUGAGUACAUUCUAAUGUGCCGAUAAUUGAUCAUGCCCCACCUGAACUGCAGGAUUUCCGUUGCAUUGUGCUGUCCCUUUUGGACGAAGCAAGCAAGCAUACAGGUUAGGCCUUUCAUUGCUCGUGUUUUCUCUUAC